AUGGCACGGACUCAAACUGGGUUUGAUCGCACUCGCGCUCCCAGCCGAUUGAAAACAAAGCUCUCCGAGCUUGGAGAUAUUGUCUGCAAUUUAGGGGAGGAGGACAUUGGAGAAUUCCUGAAGACUCUAUGCGAUUCCCCGAACGACACAACAUCAUUUUUCAAAGCUGUUACUGCAGCAAUCCGCCGCCAGAAUACACGCGGGCCCACACGACAUGAAUUCUUUCAAAACUUCGAGUCAGGAGAUCAAGCCUUAUCCGCUGAACAGAUCUCCUCACUUGCAACUAUCACUGAGAAUUGGGAGCUUGAUGAUAAUGAGUUAGAAGAGCUCAAAAAAUCGGCAGCGCGUUGGACAUCGGAACCUAAAACUUUUUUUGACUCAAAAGCAACAAAGUGUCCUGGCUGGCAUGGGCUUGUCGAAUUCUGCUUUAACGAUUCCCAGCAGAUCAAGCAUGUUAGCCCUGUACGCCGCGUGGUCAAUUCCAUCAAAGUUUUCGAAUCGAUUGAAGAAGAAGUGAGAGCCCGGAGUUUGGAAUACAAGAAGAACCACAAGGAGUCCCUUGAACCCCAGGAGCCCAGAAAGAUACUCACAAGGGUGUUAGAUAGCACCGCGGAGAAGAUCUGGCGUCAACUCCCGAAGGAAGAGAUCAGGAAGCAACGCUCGAGGCUAUAUGACCAAUACUGCAAGGGCAAAAAAUGGGCUCAAAUCAAGCCCAGUUGCAUGGUUCUUUCUCUCCAAUCCACUUCUGUGAAAAGAUACCUUAGUUUCGAACGGAGAAAAUGGGUGUCGAUCGAAAUCAGUGCGGUGAAUGCAUACAUCGAACAUUUGCGUGCCUUCUCUAUGCGGGAUUCACUAUCAAUGACAUAUAGGAAAAUUCAUGAGGAAUACGUCUGCCGCUCAUCGCCUCAAAAUCAGCCCACGAACUCCCCACAUGCAAUUGAUGGCCAGAAUGGAAAACAGAAGCGGGCCAUAUCCUCCCUGAGAUUACCUCCUGGCAAAAGAAGGCGCACACAAGCUUCCAUGGCACAUAUUGGGCCCUCGUCCAACUCUCCGAGCAAUAUCGAAAAAAAUAUCCAUGGCCAUCGGCCAUACGACAGAUUUUGGAUCAGACCCAUUUUCGAACCAAGCACCUCGAGUAUUACAGGAUUACCCGCACCAAGCCCAUAUGCGACACGGAUUCCUUCGACACCAAAUUCGUAUGGCACGUGCGAAACAAACCAACAAGACCGAGGGGAAUCAGGUGGGCCGGAAACAGUGAGUAAAUUAUCAGGAAUACCCGCCAUGGAGAGUGAACAGUCGGCAGCUCCACAUUUUGCAUCAGAGGAAAGGACGUCAAGCGUGCAGAACUCGCAGAACCCAGUCGUUGAUGCGCAACUCUAUGACAUGCAACAGGUCGACACGCCGGCUGUUGAUGAAACACAGUAUGCCUGGGGUGCUAACACGGAGCAGUUGGGCACGCCGGCUGUCGAUGCAACACAGUAUGCCUGGGGUGCUAACACGGAGCAGUUGGGCACGCCUGCUGUCGAUGCAACACAGUAUGCCUGGGGUGCUAACACGGAGCAGUUGGGCACGCCGGCUGUUGAUGCAACACAGUAUGCUUGGGGUGCUACAGUUGGUCAACAACCUUCGACCCAGCCUUCAACUGCACGGCAAUUUGAAGACCAUUCCCUAAAUGUUGACAUGAGCCAACGACCAGCGUUUAACCGCCCGCAGAAUAUCUCAAUGAACGAUAAAUGA